AUGUCGACGUCCUCCAGUUCAGGGGUGGUGCUCCCACAGUAUCCUGCGACAUAUUCGGGAAUCCCAGAACGGCUGCUGCACAAGGCCAUCCGCGAGAAAUCGAGGAUAUGGAAAAAUCAAACAAAAGAGGCCCAAACUCCGAGGGAAAGAGGCUUGGCCAUUCCCCCCGGCAUUGGUCGUUCAGACUUUCUCCAGGCGCUGGAGGAGUUGGCGCAAACCCUCGGCAAGGAGCACGUAGUAUUGAAUGAUCAGCCUCUUGAAGAUGGCUGGUACUUGGAGCAGCCCAACACGCACGAUUCUUACAUGAUCAUGGACGGAGAAGAGACGGUGUCGUCAGCUUGUGUUUAUCCCGGCAGCGUUGACGACGUUCAACUUGUGGUGAAGUGGGCCAACAAACACCUUGUUCCCUUGUAUCCAAUCUCCAUGGGACGAAACUUGGGCUAUGGAGGAGCCGCACCCCGCGUUCGAGGAUCAGUCGUUGUUGAUCUGGGCAGACGGAUGAACAAAAUCUUGGACAUUGAUCCGGAUGACUGCACAUGUCUGGUCGAGCCGGGGGUGUCUUUUUACGCACUAUACGAAGAGAUCAAAAAGAGAGGAUAUACGAUGUGGGUGGACACGCCAGACCUUGGAGGUGGGUCGAUUAUUGGGAAUACUCUGGAGCACGGAGUCGGCUACACGCCAUAUGGAGAUCACUGGUCGACUCAUUCGGGCCUGGAAGUUGUUCUUCCAACCGGUGACCUGGUCAGAACUGGUAUGGGAGCUCUUCCGGGCAACAAUACCUGGCAGACGUUUCCUUACGGGUUUGGGCCAAUAUCAGAUGGGAUCUUUUCUCAGUCAAACUUUGGAGUGGUCACGAAAAUGGGCGUGGCUCUGAUGCCAGAUCCCGGGGGCUGCGAGAGUUUUAUGUAUACCUUCGAGCGCGAAGAUGACCUCUUGCUAUUGAUCGAUAUUGUUCGACCGUUGAGAAUUGCCAACUUGCUCGAGAAUGUGGCGCAAAUCAGACACAGCACCGUGGAGCUGGCCGUUUCAGGGCUCCCACGCUCACACUAUUACCAAGGCGCCGGGCCGAUACCCGAAGAAGUGCUGCAGUCCCAUCUUGAGUCAACGCCGCUUGGGCGAUGUUCCUGGAUAUACUAUGGGACUAGCUAUGGGCCUGAAAAUAUUCGAAAAUACAAACUGGACAUUGUCCAUCGAGAAUUCACCAAAAUCCCUGGCGCCAAAAGGAUUGAUACUCAGACGUUGCCAAAGGACCACUAUUUCUGGUCUCGGGCCAGAAUUGCUGGAGGUGAACCAGACUUCGAAGAGCUUUCGUAUAUGAACUGGGUUCCCAACGGAGCCCAUCUAGGAUUCAGCCCUGUUUCACCCACUCGAGGACUGGACGCCCUAAAGCUUUGGAAAAUAGCCAAAAAGAGGCAUGACGAGCACGCAAUCGAUCUCUUUAUCGCAUUCUGUGUGGGCCUGAGAGAACUUCAUAUGAUCAACCUCGUGAUUUAUGACCGGGGGAGCGUCCAAAGGAGAGAGGCCGUCGAAAAAUGCAUGCGGUCGAUGAUCGACGAUGCAGCGAAACAAGGCUACGGGGAGUAUCGCACCCAUCUCCUCUUCCAAGACCAGGUCGCCCGGACAUACAACUGGAACGAUAAUGCUCUUAUGAAGUUCAAUGAAAAACUGAAGGAUGCUCUAGAUCCGAAUGGCAUUCUCGCGCCAGGGAGAUGUGGUAUCUGGCCGGAACGUUAUCGAGGCCGAGGCUGGGAGAUCGGAAAGGAAGGAAGAGGAACUUCUGAAGGACAAGGAGUUGGACCUCCUGGAGCAGGUGUGAAACUGUGA